AUGUCCUCCAGUGAUCAGAACCCAGCGCCCACGCCCACCUCGGGCGCCGGCGGGACGGCGCCGCCGCCGGGCAGGCCGACCACGGUCUCCUCGCAGGCGAUCGACAUGGGCGCUCAGGUGCUGCAGACGUUGAAGCCGGUGCGCCAGAUGAAGCAGCACGCGUGCAGCUUCGCGCUGUACGCACACGACAUGCACCGGCAGCUCGAGGUCCACCACUUCGUCUCCCGCCUCAACCAGGACGUCCUCCAGUGCGCCGUCUAUGACUCCGACAAGCCGUCGGCCCGCCUCAUCGGUGUGGAGUACAUCGUGUCGGACAACAUCUUCGAGGCCCUGCCGCCGGAGGAGCAGAGGCUGUGGCACUCGCACGCCUACGAGGUCAAGGCCGGGCUGUGGACCGACGUGGGCGUGCCGGAGAUGCUGCAGACCUCGGAGAUGGCCAGGAUGGCCAAGACGUACGGCAAGUUCUGGUGCACGUGGCAGGUGGACCGCAGCGACCGGCUGCCCGUCGGCGCGCCGGCGCUCAUGAUGUCGCCGCAGGCCGUGGAGUCGGGCCGGGUGCGCGCCGAGCUGGUGCGCGCGCGCGACGAGAGGUGCAAGGUGGACAGCUCCGCUCGUGGGCUCAAGGCUGAGAGGGUGGAGAUGGAUGAGCCGGAGUGGAUCAACCCGAACGCCGACUACUGGCGACUGCACGGCAAGGGGUUCGCCGUAGACGUCACGGCCACGGAGAUGAAGCAGCACGCGCCCUUCCCUUGA